AACACCAAAGAAGAAGAAGAAGAGAAGAUUUGUAAGAUGGCGACCGCCGAACCGGAACUCAGCCCCAGUCCAACCCUGCCUGAAGAAGAUGGAGCUGAGGAGACUGGACAAGAGAUUGUGAACCCAGAGGCCUACAUCAAACACCCCCUCCAGAACAAAUGGUCCCUGUGGUUCUUCAAGAAUGACAAGAGCAAAACAUGGCAGGCCAACCUGCGGCUCAUCUCCAAAUUUGACACGGUUGAAGAUUUCUGGGCUCUCUACAACCAUAUCCAGUUGUCAAGCAACCUCAUGUCAGGCUGUGAUUACUCUCUUUUUAAGGAUGGCAUUGAACCCAUGUGGGAGGACGAGAGGAACAAGCGUGGCGGGCGCUGGCUGAUCACACUCAACAAGCAGCAGAGGAGAUUAGACCUGGACCGCUUCUGGCUGGAAACUCUCCUGUGCUUAGUCGGAGAGGCCUUUGAUGACUACAGCGAUGAGGUCUGCGGAGCCGUGGUCAACAUCCGCACAAAAGGAGAUAAAAUAGCCGUCUGGACAUCAGACUUUGAGAACCGGGAAGCCGUUACACACAUAGGGAGAGUUUACAAGGAGCGUUUGGGCCUCCCCUUGAAGAUGACGAUCGGCUACCAAUCUCACUCAGACACAGCUACCAAAAGCGGUUCAACCACCAAGAACAAAUUUGUUGUUUGAGAAAUGCCUUAUGUGCCUCUUUAAUUUUCUUGUCUUAUUUGUUGUUGGUUCACAUGUUUACUUUGCUGCAAAGACUCUGCGGAAUGCAAUCUGGAGGAAGAAAAAAAACAGUGCCAAAUGUUUCCAUAACCUGCCCAGGACUUGAACCACAUGAGAAAAAAAACACCAUGGAAAACAGCUGAACAUGAAUCUUCCAAAACACUAACAAUGAGAGGUAUUAAUAGUGAAUGAGAUUUAGAGUGUUGCAUACUCUACUAAAGAAAUUUGUGUUGAUUUUCUUUUCUUUGAUGUCAGGGAAUCCUGAAAUGCAAAAAAAUGUAUAUUUCUCUCCCUUUUACUACAGCAUUGUUGGUUUGCUGUAAUGACAUUAAACCCUUUUAAUUUAUUAUUAAUUUGCCUGCAUAUGAUUAGAUUGUUAGACCUUUGUUUUAUGCUUUUAUUUUGCCUUAAGCUGUUGCACGUAAUCAACCUUUUAAAAAGUAUUUCAUGACUCAUAUUCAUUUUGAGUGUUAAUAUAAUUAAAACAUUGGUUUUGCAAUUAUUUGUUGUUAAAUUGCGUA